AUGAGCCAGAAGUCAGUUCUCACCACAGGUUGCAGUGAAGGUGGAAUAGGUGACGCUCUUGCACAACUCUUCCAUAAGAAAGGCUUUCGGGUUUUUGCUAGUGCCCGUAAUACCGCCAAAGUCGAACACCUUAAGGAUAUGGGUCUCGACAUCAUACAGCUAGAUGUCACUGACGAAGAGUCAAUUAAACAAGCAGUGUCAACUGUGAAGGCUGCAACAGGCGGAUAUUUGGACUUCCUGGUCAACACCUCGGGCGCAGGUUACUGCAUGCCCUUGUUGGACUCGGAUAUUUCAGUAGCGAAGAGGAUAUUCGAGGUUAAUGUGUUUGCUGUCGUUUCUGUAACACAAGCGUUUGCACCACUAUUGAUUGCCUCGAAAGGAAAGAUUAUCAACAUUGGAUCAGUCCUUGGCAAGCUGCCACUUCCAUGGCAAGGCUAUUACAAUGCAAGCAAAGCCGCGCUCGCUCAUUUGACUGACCAAAUGCGCAUUGAGUUUUCUCCUUGGGGAGUCCAGGCAAUUCUUGUGACUACUGGUGCAAUUAGAACGAAAUUGUUCCAAAAUCUUCUGAGUAAACCAGUGUUGCCUGAGAGCUCCCUCUAUUACCCCGCGAAGGAUGUGAUUGAACCGGUAUUGGCAUGA